CCUCCAACACAGAGACAACAUAGUAAGAAGCUUUUGUACUCCAGUACUAUGGCAUGCAACAGACGCCUGCCUCCUUCUCCUCUAGGAAGGAACAGUUCUCUUCCCCAACCUCACCAUAGGGAAGAAACUCGUCACACAAGGGAAGGAAAACCUUCUGAGGCAAAAAUUGAGAACCCAGAGAAAACACGUGGUACUGAUGGUGGAGUCAAUAAGAGAAAGACAAUACGACGACCGAGGUCUAAAAGGCCAUAUUUAUUGCAGACCAAACCUUGGCAAGAAAAAAUGAAAGUGUUAAAGGCUGCUGCUUCCUGUGUCUAUAUAAACAAGCAAACUGCUGAAAAAGAUUCAUGUGAAGAGAAUGCAGGUGCUACUUCUGGAUGUGCAAAUGCGAAGGACUUUGAAACAGAUUGUGAUAACAUUGGAGUUCAUCUUCUGGCAGAAGUUGCCACUGGAAUGAGUUUGGGGGUGGAAGAAAAGGAAGAGCGUGGUAUGAAAAAAAGCAAACUCAGAGAUCUCUGUGAUCUUUGAGAAUUAUGAGAACAAUCUGCAGAACAAUGCUUGAUACAGUACUCAAUGUUCUCUAAUAGUUUAGACCUCUUAGUCCUAUAGCUAGGAUGAAAGCAAUAAAGAAAGAGGUGAAAAAAAAAUUUUAUAUAUAUGAUUUGCAUAUGUA